UGUGACUGGCUGCCAUGCACCAGAUUCUGAGUGCCCCAGCCAAUGGUUUAAUGAUCACAUCUUUACGUUGCUGUCAGGGGCGGACUGACAACUCAUGGGGCCCCCGGGCAAUAGGGGAUCAUGGGGCCCCUAUGUCCUUGCCCAAACUCAAAAAAGCCUAUGAAAAAGGUACCAAGGGCAUCUCAUGGGGUCCCCUACUGACCCCAGGCCCUUCGAGCAGUGCCCGAGUUUCCAAAUGGUCAGUCCGCCCCUGGUUG